AUGUCGAUAUUAUUGGAGGAAACAUCAAAUCGUUUAUUGCCACGAAUAGUUUUAAUUGCUUGUGGUUCGUUUAGUCCACCAACUCCAAUGCAUUUGCGAAUGUUCGAAAUUGCCAAGGAUCAUUUCGAAAUGCAUGGCUCGCAUAAGGUAAUUGGUGGUAUUGUAUCGCCAACACAUGAUGCAUAUGGUAAGAAAGGUUUGGCACAGGCUAAACAUCGUUGUGCUAUGGUCAAAUUGGCAUUGCAAUCAUCAUCAUGGAUACGUUUGUCGGAGUGGGAAACCCAACAGGAUGGUUGGUCACGAACACAGGCUGUUCUACAGUAUCAUCAGAAUUUCAUGAAUAACUAUAUAAAUUCACCCGAUUUGGAUAAUAUGAAUGGUGAUGAUAAUCAUAUACCAAGUUGGUUGCCUCCUAGUUUAAGGGAACGUCGGGAUCCAGUUCAAUUGCGGUUGUUGUGUGGUGCCGAUUUAUUGGAGUCGUUUGCAGUUCCUGGUUUGUGGGCGGAAGAGGAUAUUGAAGAUAUUGUUAGCAAUCACGGUCUGGUGGUGAUAUCACGUAGUGGUUCCAAUGCCGAAAAAUUCAUCUUUGAAUCGGAUGUCCUUACCAAAUAUCAACGCAACAUAACAUUGGUCACCAAUUGGGUAUCGAAUGAAGUAAGUUCAACCAUGAUAAGACGUCUUCUGGGCCGUGGUCAAUCAGUGAAAUAUUUAAUUGACGACUUAGUCAUAGAAUAUAUAAAACAAUUUGGAUUAUUUCAAUCGAAAACAUAAUCGCAAGACAUCGAAUGUCUUUUGCUGUGGCGAUACCAAGGGCAACAGUGUUUUGAACAAACUACUGGGUGGCAACAAAGCGAACAAGAA